UUUCGUCCCAAAAACUUGUUUCAGUUGUAGAACAACUUUUGCAGUUGUUGAACAACUGUGGGAAGUUGUUCAGACAACUGAUGCAGUUGUUCAACAACUAUCUCAAUUGUUUAAAAAGAUUUAAUUUUUUUUUCUUAAUAAAUUUGUGGGAUCCACUUGUCCCCUUUUCUUAAUUGGAAACUUGUGGGGGUGUUUUGACUCAUUUCUCUCUUCGUGAAGGGUAAAAGAUAAAUAAUUCAUACCAAUAUGUUCGAAGAUGCAGAGAAUGUUUUCGAAUGACCCGGAUCAUAAUAAAGGAACAAUGAACACAGUAGUAAAAUUGAGUCAGUGUGUUAGAAGGUAGCCCACCAAUUUAGUAUCCCCAUAAAUAGCAAGCCUACCAGGCGGACAUCUCUAUUCAACUGAACUCAAAACUCAAAACUGUCAAACAAAUGGAUCUCAAUCAACUCUUCAUUUCACUCUCUCCAUCAUGCACUUCGGUUGCUAUGUUGCUAUCUUUUUUUCUAUAUUUAGCUACAGUUGGAUCUAUUCUACCCGGAAAACUUGUUCCUGGGGUGACUUUAUCUGACGGAACUCGCCUUCAUUAUCGUUGCAAUGGUUUGUUAUCACUUCUGUUGUUGGUUUUGCUUCUCGGAGUUGGGUCGCAGAUGAAUCUUGUUUCACCUACUGCUAUAGCAGACAGAGGACUUGAACUUUUGUCGACAACCUUUAUCUUUAGUGUUCUUGUGACGUUGAUGCUUUAUUUGGUUGGCUUGAACUCACGUGCGAAGAGUUCGUCACUGAAACCUCACGUCUCAGGAAAUUUGAUCCAUGACUGGUGGUUCGGGAUACAACUAAAUCCUGAAUUUAUGGGCAUUGAUCUCAAAUUUUUCUUUGUUAGAGCUGGUAUGAUGGGAUGGUUACUUAUCAAUCUUUCAGUUCUUGCAAAAUGUAUUAUAGAGGACAAAUUAAGCCAAUCAAUGAUUCUCUACCAGAUAUUUUGUGGGCUCUACAUCCUUGAUUACUUCUUCUAUGAAGAGUUCAUGACUUCCACAUGGGAUAUAAUCGCAGAGAGGUUGGGCUUCAUGUUGGUUUUUGGUGAUCUAGUAUUUAUACCGUUCACCUUCAGUAUUCAGGGUUGGUGGCUUUUGAGUAACAAAGUUGAGCUAAAAACGGCAGCAAUAAUUGCCAAUUGCCUCGUCUUUCUUGUUGGGUACCUUGUGUUCAGAGGAGCCAACAAGCAGAAGCAUAUGUUUAAAAAGGAUCCCAAGGCACCCAUAUGGGGUAAGCCUCCAAAAGUUAUCGGAGGGAAGUUGCUUGCUUCCGGCUAUUGGGGCAUUGCACGACACUGUAAUUACCUCGGGGAUUUGUUGCUGGCAUCGUCUUUUAGUUUGCCUUGUGGUAUAAGUUCUGUGGUUCCAUACUUUUAUCCCAUAUAUCUUCUCAUUCUGCUAAUAUGGAGGGAGAGAAGGGAUGAAGCUAGAUGCGCGGAGAAAUACAAAGACGUGUGGGCUGAAUACCGUAAGCUUGUUCCUUACAGGAUCUUACCUUAUGUUUACUAGUUCAAUCGUCUGUCUGUCCACGUUGCUGUGCAUUAGCGUCAAGAUUAGCCUCACUGUACCGUACCACCCAAGCCGGAGAAGGGACAAGCUCAGGGACGAAUAUCGAGCAGCUUUAUCAUCUCCUCUACAGAAAUAAAGUUUUUCCAGAACCAACUUGUACACUAGAUGUGCUCUAUCAUGGUAGGCUUUAAGUUAAUAAGAUGAUGUGUGCCUCUUGUAUUGAAUGUCAACUAUGGAAUUACUUCACCUGGUUGGUUGGUGAUCUUGGAGCAAGUUAGUUAUUGAUGUGUCCUGAAAUUUUAGUA